AUGGCAGCAGGAAACCACACACAAGUAUCAGAAUUCCUCCUCCUGGGUCUCUCAGAGGAUCCUGAACUGCAGCCCCUGCUCUUUGGAUUGUUGCUGUCCACGUACCUGGUCACUGUGCUUGGAAACCUUCUUAUCAUCUUGAUCAUCAGCUCUGACUCUCACCUCCACACCCCCAUGUAUUUCUUCCUCUCCAAUCUGUCCUUUGUAGACAUCUGUUUCACCUCCACCACUGUCCCAAAGAUGCUGGUGAACAUUCAGGCAGAGAGUAAAGACAUCUCCUACAUAGGAUGUUUCACUCAGGUGUAUUUUUUUAUGAUUUUUGCUGGACUGGAUGGUUUUCUCUUGACUGUGAUGGCCUAUGACCGGUUUGUGGCCAUCUGUCACCCCCUGCACUACACAGUCAUCAUGAACCCACGCCUCUGUGUCCUCCUGGUUCUGAUGUGUUGGUUCAUCAUUUUCUGGGUCUCCCUGCUUCAUAUUCUAUUGUUGAGGUGGCUGACCUUCUGUAUAGGCACUGAAAUUCCACAUUUCUUCUGUGAACUGGCUCAGGUUCUCAAGUUAGCCUGCUCUGACACCCUCAUCAAUAACAUUGUCUUGUAUGUGGCCACUGCCCUUCUGGGUGCGUUUCCUCUCGUUGGAAUCCUCUUCUCUUACUCUCAUAUAGUCUCCUCCUUAAUGAGGAUGUCCUCUGCAGAGGGAAAAUAUAAAGCAUUUUCCACCUGUGGGUCCCACCUCUCUGCAGUCUCCUUGUACUACGGGACAAGUCUGGGUGUCUACUUCAGUUCUGCUGUGACCCAUUCUUCUCACAGAAACUCGAUCGCCUCAGUGAUGUACACCGUGGUCACCCCCAUGCUGAACCCCUUCAUCUACAGUCUGAGGAACAAGGAUGUGAAAGGGGCCCUGGGAAGGCUCCUCCGCGAAGCAUCCUCUUGUCUGUGA